ACGCGCAGGUACGACUAAGAAAGUUCCGGACGAAUUUUUCACGUUAUAAACUAGUCGUGGAACGCGCGCACGGGGCGUACGGUUACGUGAAAGUCGCGCAGCUCCGUUCCGAACUGAAUAUCGCGAAUGUGCGGAUACGAAAAAAUAUUGUACGGCCGACGUUACUGCUGCACGCGUGAGUGCUGCUCUACCCGCGAGUUCUUUUUUUUCGGCGUCCAUUGCGACGCUUUCUUAAGGGAACAUGGUCGUUGAUGUCGCCGCGGAAGCUGUGAACGAUCGCGGGACCCCUGGGCCAAAGAACGUCUCGGGAUCGCCGUUGCAGCGCGUCGAAGAAGGGGUUGCCGCACAAAAACCUGCUUCGGAGACGCUUUCCAAAAGAUCGGACCCGACAACGCGGCCAUUGCGCGUGCUAAUACGACGUUUGGCGGUCAUGGCCGCGAUCCUGGCGGUUCUGGCCGCUCUCGCCGCCCUCGUGUGGAUAUUUUUCGGUUGGUUGUUCCUAAUAGAGUUGGUUCUGGUCGCGUUGGUGGCUUAUGUCGCCGCGGGACACUACCGCUGGUUCUACGUGGCACUUAUGACCGCCCCCCGAGACAUACGCGCCCUCAUUAAAUAUAUCGGGCUGCUCGUAGAAAUCAAAGGUUUCCAAAGGCGAAACCUGACGUUGGCUCAAAUAUUCACGAGAAACGUGAAGAAACACCCGCACAAACCCGCCCUGGUUUAUGAGAACGAGGAGUGGACUUUUCUUCAGAUCGAGGAAUAUAGCAACAGGGUCGCGAACGUUUUCAAGAAACACGGUUACAAAAAAGGCGACGUGGUUGCCCUGUUCUUGCAAAACCGACCCGAGUUUGUGUGCAUAUGGUUGGGGCUCUCAAAACUGGGGGUCAUCGUGCCCCUGAUCAACACCAACCAGAGAUUCGGAUCUCUGGUGCAUUCGCUCGACGUCGCCAAAUGUCAGGCGUUGAUUUUCGGCGCCGAACUGGCUGACGCGGUGACGGAGAUCGCGGACAAAAUCGACCCAAAAAUUGCACUGUAUCAAAUCAUUUGCAACAACAACGCCGCCAGUCCCGAUCAAAGGUACAAAAAUUUGGACGCGCUGCUUAAGGACGCGUCCGCGUCCGCCCCCGAAGUGUCCGACAAAUUGGGCCACCACGAUCACCUGCUUUACAUUUACACGUCGGGCACCACCGGACUGCCGAAAGCCGCCGUCAUAACCACGUCUAGGUACAUCUUUAUCGCUGCUGCCAUUGGGUGGUUGUGCGGGUUCCGCGCCUCCGACAGGUUCUACAACCCGCUGCCGCUUUAUCACACGGCCGGCGGAUGCAUGAGCGUCGGACAAAUGAUCAUCUACGGGUCCACCGUGGUCAUUCGCAAGAAAUUCUCCGCGUCUUCCUACUUCCCCGACUGCAAAAAGUACAAUUGCACGAUCGCUCAGUACAUAGGCGAAAUGUGCCGGUACGUGUUGUCGGUACCGCGCAGGCCCGGCGACAAGGACCACAACCUGCGCAUGAUCUUCGGUAACGGCCUGAGGCCGCAAAUAUGGCGCGAGUUCGUCGAAAGGUUCGGCAUAAAAAAAGUCUGCGAGUUUUACGGGGCGACGGAGGGUAACGCGAACAUAGUGAACGUGGACAACACGGUGGGAGCCAUAGGAUUCGUGUCCCGGAUCAUACCGCAGGUCUACCCGAUAUCGAUCAUCAGGGUAGACGAGCACGGUGAACCGGUACGAGACGCGAGGGGACUCUGUCAGGUUUGCAAACCUAACGAACCCGGCGCGUUUAUCGGGAAAAUAUCGCCGGGCAACCCGUCUCGAGCGUUCCUCGGAUACGUCGACGAGGCGGCGUCGCGCAAGAAGAUCGUCCGCGACAUCUUCGCCAUAGGCGACAGCGCGUUCAUAUCCGGCGACAUCCUAGUCGCCGACGAGUUCGGCAAUUUGUUUUUCAAGGACCGAACGGGAGACACAUUCCGCUGGAAGGGCGAGAACGUCUCCACCUCUGAGGUGGAAGGUGUGCUCAGCAACCUGGUCGACUAUAAGGACGUCGUGGUUUACGGAGUCGAAGUGAGAAGUCAAGAGGGUAGGGCGGGGAUGGCUGCGCUGCACGACCCCGAAGGCACCGUCGACCUGAACGGGCACCUACUUGAAGGGCUUAAAAGGGCGCUGCCCUCAUACGCCCGGCCUAUUUUUAUCAGGAUACUGACCAAGCUCGAUCUAACAGGCACCUACAAGCUGAAGAAGAACGAUCUUCAAAGGGAGGGCUUCGAUCCCACAGCGACAACAGACAAGAUUUACUAUCUUGGUCCGGACGGCCGAUAUCAGUUGUUAACGAAAGAAAUAUACGAUAAAAUAGACUCGGGUCUGAUCAGGGUGUAGCCUGUGGUGGUAGAGUAAUAUCGCAUAAGAUUUUUUUUUUUUGGUUUCAUGUACGCGGCAGCUACGGGGAAUAUUUACUAGUGCUGGACGGGGAUUUAGCGUUGGUAGGACUAGUUUUUUUUUGUUUUUUUUUUUACAUUUUUAUAUAUAUGUUUGCGUUGUAAUCUCAAAUAAUACCGUUACAUAAAAAAUAUGUGC